AUGAUUUUUCAGGAACAAAUUAAACUAGCCAAGAAAGACACAUUCACUUGGUGUGGUGUGGCACUGGACACCUGGAUGUUUCCUCUGGAUGAGGAGAUCUUCCCAGGAGUGAAGCAGCCAAUCUUUUUUAUAAACUCUGAAAAAUUCCAGUGGAUUGGGAAUAUCAUCCGCAUGAAGAAGUUGGACUCUGCUAUCUUUCCUAGAAAAAUGAUAACCAUCAAAGGGACGGUCCAUCAGAGCUUCCCAGAUUUCACAUUUCUUACUGGGAACUGGAUUGGAAGGCUCAUGAAGCUAAAAGGAGAUAUUGAUCCACACAUAGCCUUGGAUCUUUCUAACAAAGCAACUUUGGCUUUUCUUCAACGCCACUUAAAUAUGGACAGAGACUUUAAUCAGUGGGAUCCUUUAAUUGAUGGAAAAGAUGACAACUUGAUUCCAGGAACCAACAUUACUAUACCACAGUCAUCUAUUUAAUCGAGUAACAUGAAAUGUGUAUCGGCACAAUGAUUUUGUAAUCUUGCAAAUGCACAUUUAACAAAUGGGAGUCAGAAGGUUACAUGUUUGAGAAAGGGCCAAUCUAUCAUUAUGCAAAAUCUGUUUUUGAAAUUUCAUAAGAGAACAUUUUUGACUGCUGUGUAUGAAUACGAUUGAAUUUGCACUAUGGAUUAGACGGUGAUCUGAUGUAAAUUUCAUUGCGCAUUUUUUAAAUGGCAAAACUACACAAUCUAUACAGGAUGACUUGUAAAUGGUACCACUUGCUAACAGCCACAUAUUUGCAAAACAGACAGUGCAAUAGACUUUAAAGUUUUUAACACUUCACCAUCCUUUAUCGUGCCUUAAUGUUUUUAGAGUUAUAGAAAGUGGGUUUUUAUAUCAAUGCAAUGUUUUCCAUAAAUCUGUGACUGAUGUUAUAAGGGGACAGUUAGCAGACAACCAUUUGGAAAUAUGAAAUACCAUACUGUGAAAUAUAUUCAUCAUAGCCUGCUUGUUUCACCCUAACAAUCUGGAAAGUAGAAAGUAAUCCCAUAGUUUUCCUCUGAAUCUGUUACUAAUUUCCGGAUUUGUAAGUCAAUAGAAUUGUUUUUACACUACUAAUUCCUGGUCAGUGAAAAACUCUGAAAUGUCAGCAUUUCUAUGGUUUCCAGUAAAGCCACAAAAUGCAAAGUUGUUUAUAUGUAUAUGGGAUUUUGUUUAUUAAACCGAAUAUAUGACUUUUGGUAUUUGUCCCCCCCCCCCAUACAAAAAGUCUUCAUAACACUAAGUAAUGUUCAUACAAGUGCUACACACAAAAGUUGCAUAUUUAUUAAAGAAAAUUUCAACAAGUUUCCACAAAAUGCAGCAAAUUGUUUUCACGGCAAUGUAAACAUUUAAGAGCAUUUGAACAAGAAACAAUAGCCCGGGAUAAAGUACAAUUUAGAAACAUUGUUUCAAAAUGCAAUAAGGAAUCCAGCGAAAGGCUGUGUAAUAACAAAAAACAACAGCCUUCAUCUGCAAAGAGAAAUCACUGAACAGUAAUGGAAGGAGAAAACAAAACUACAGCUCUAUGAACAAGCAGAAGUGCUUAUUGUUGCUAUUAUACGGUUUAUGGUAUUAG